GAAAGCAUGGCGGAGCUACUUACACGUAAAGACAAGAACCAGAUAUCACAAUGGAUUGGCAGGGACAGUCAGUUUGAGCUCCUAUACAAACUAAGUCGUGACGGGGUGCCUCCACAGAGGUUCCAUGAGUUAUGUGACAACAAAGGACCCACGGUGACCAUCUUCUACAACAAGGAUAACAACGUGUACGGGGGGUACCUGUCAGACAGCUGGGGGAGUACUGGGGGCUGGUGUACAGAUCAGCGAGCAUUCUUGUUCAAACUAUAUUCUGCUGGUAACUGGAAACCAAAGCAGUUUCCUUAUAAAAUUGGAGAAAACUAUGUAAAAGAAAAGACUUUUGGGCCAUGGUUUUUUUCGUUGCCUUCAUUUUACUCACCUACAAGUACAGAUAAGUUUUCAGGCAGCUAUUAUAAGUUAGAAACUCAAAAUUUCUUUGACGGACAACGAUUUGACAUGAAAGGAGAGACGGCCCAGUCAGUAGCAAACAGUCACAACAAUGUCAUUGAUCUGGAGGUUUACCUGGUCAAAGACAAAGAACUGGACUCUCCUUGGAGAGACUCACCAGAAUGGAGUUCACAGGAUUUUCAAGAAUUAAAAGAAUUUGUAGCAAAUUACAAACCUUUUGUGGAGUUGAAAAUCCCAGAAGUCAACAUUCUACUGAUUGGUCCAAUCGCCGCUGGGAAGUCCAGUUUUAUCAACACCAUUAAUACAAUCUUCAAGGGCGAAAUGUCAUCCCGUGUAUGCCCAGGAUGGGCAGAAAACAGUCUCACACAAAAGUUUUGCAAAUUCCGGGUUCGGGACCCUACAACAAAGAAACAUCUUUGUUUCCGGAUCUGCGACACUCGUGGCGUGGAGAAUAGUUUCUUUAUUAAAAGUGAAGACAUAAUUUUUCUACUGGAUGGAAACCUUCCAAAUAACUACACUUUUCAACUAGAUUUUGGGGCGUCAACAAAAGAAAUUGGCUUCGUGAAAGAACCAACAGUGAAAGAGAAAAUGCACGUGGUGGUGUUUGUACUUGGCGGAAGAAGCCUGGACGUCCUGUCAGAGGGGGUCGUCUCAAAACUUAGAGAGAUCAAACGAAUGGUGGUAGACAGAAAUAUACCUCAUUUAGUGUUCCUUACCAAAACGGACGAAAUUUGUGAAUUAGUGGAGAAAGACGUCAGCAAAAUGUUCACGAGCAGUUUAGUAGAAGAUGCUGUCAAUAAAGCCGCUGACAUUAUUGCUAUCCCAAGAUCCCACGUACUUCCGGUUAAAAAUUAUGAAAAAGAAACUAUUCUCAAUAUGGAUAUAAACAUUCUUGCUCUGAUGGCUUUGCGAAAAUCGUUGAUGUUUGCAGACGACUUUCUGGAGAACCUGUAUGAUUGGCAACUAGAUAAUGUACAGACAUUAAACAAAAAGGACUGAGCCUUUAAGAAUAUGUGCCUGUUUUUAUAUGUGUUGACCUAAUCAGUAAGAACUAGUUUUGUUAAAUCUCCCUCGCUUGUUUAAAUGAUAAUAUAAAAUUCUUGUUGUUCUAUAAAAGAGUUGGAAUCUAAAUAUUUCAAAGCUGUGUUUUAUGUAAUAAUGAAAUAAUAUAAGGUCUUUAUGUUGACAUUGACAUUAUUUUCGGGGUAAAAAUCAUUUUGAAUUUAGGAUGUACCACAUCACAUUUCUUUUAAAUUGCAGAAUCAAGUACAGCAUACUUGUAUAUGUUGCUAAUUAAACAGUUUCUAGAGAAAUGUAUUUUAUAAUAAAACGCUAAUAAAGAUAUC